UCCUCAAUAUGGACGCCAACAAGGCUUUCGAUGCCGAGAAGGGCCUUUCUCAAACUGUCAGCGAGUCUCCUGAAUAUGAGAUCCAGUCUGGUCAGCAGAAUGAGCUCAAACGUUCGCUCAAGAACAGACACAUGCAGAUGAUCGCAAUUGGAGGUGCUAUUGGAGCAGGCUUCUUCGUCGGCGCCGGCGGUGCACUCCAUACCGGAGGUCCUGCAUCAUUGAUCAUUGGUUUCUCAAUCAUCGGUGUCAUGUUGAUGGCAACGAUGCAGGCUUUGGGAGAGCUCACAGUUCUGUACCCUANNUACGCUUGCCGUUUCAUCUCCGAGUCUUGGGGCUUUGCUAUCGGUUGGCAAUACGCCAUUCAGUGGUUGACUAUUCUUCCUUUCGAGUUGACCGCUGCUUCUAUCACUAUCGAUUUCUGGAAGGGAGCCGCCCACAUCAACGUCGGUGUAUGGAUUGCCAUCUUCCUGGUCUGUCUCGCCGCAAUCAAUUUCCUCGGAGUUAGAGCUUAUGGCGAGGUGGAAUUCGUCCUCUCAAUAAUAGCAACCCCCAUACCUCUCAUUGCACCAAAUAAACUAAUCUCUUCAUUACAGUNNAAAAUCAUCGCAUGUAUCGGCUUCAUCAUCCUCGGUAUUGUCAUCGAUGUUGGUGGUGUACCUACCGACACCCGUGGCUACAUUGGUGCCACUUACUGGGGCGCUGAGUACGGCCAUGGUUUCCGUAACGGCUUCAAGGGCUUCUGCAGUGUCUUCGUUACUGCCUCUUUCGCCUUCGGCGGUACUGAGUUGGUCGGCCUUGCAGCUGCCGAGUCUGCCAACCCCAGAAAGUCCCUCCCCCAGGCUGUCAAGCAGGUCUUCUGGCGUAUUGCCUUCUUCUACAUCGUCGGUCUCUUCAUCCUGGGCCUCGUUGUUCCUGCAAACAACCCCAAUCUUCUUCACGCCCACGGUGCCAACUCCCAAUACUCUCCCUUCGUCAUUGCUAUCCGCCUUGCUGGUAUCAAGAUCCUCCCGUCUAUCUUCAACGCCGUGAUCACUGUUUCCGUCAUCAGUGUCGCCAACAGCUCUGCCUUCGCCUCUACCCGCACUCUCCAGGCUCUUGCUGCUCGUGGCAUGGCUCCCAAGAUCCUUGCUUACGUUGACAAGAAGGGUCGUCCUAUCCCCACCAUCAUCUUGCAGCUCGCCAUGGGCCUGCUCGCCUUUGUCAACUUGGCCGCCGCUGGCAGCGUUCUUNUCACCUGGCUUCUGUCGCUCACCGGUCUUGCCAACUUCUUCGUCUGGGGUAGCAUCAACCUCUCUCACAUCCGUUUCCGCAAGGGUUGGGCACAAUCUGGCCGUACCGUCGAGCAACUUCCUUACAAGGCCAAGUUUGGUGUCAUUGGCAGCUACGUUGGUCUUUUCCUCAACGUCAUCUGUCUUGUUGCUCAGUUCUACGUUGCCCUCUUCCCCAUCGGUGGCAAGCCUGACGCUGCCAACUUCUUCGAGUCCUACCUCGCUGGACCCGUCAUCUUCACUCUCUACGUCAUCUGGAAGCUCUGGACUCGCGAGUGGAAGAUGUGGAUCAGCGCCUCAGACAUGGAUGUUGUUACCGACAUGCGCGAGUUUGAAGCUGAUGAGGAGGAUGAAGUCAAGGCCACUGGCUUCAAGGGUAAGCUCAAGUCCUUCACAUCCGCUUUCAUC